AUGACUUCUGUGUAUUGUAUAGCAGGUGAGUUGUUGAUGCGAAGAGCUGGAGAACAGAGAAGACUUCAAAGGGAGUAUGUUCACAGUCCUUCCAUGAUAUCAAGGCCCCAGGCUGAAGAAGCCUGAAUGAACACAGUAUUUUGUAUUUAUUAAGACUCCCCAUUAGCUGCUGCCAAGGCAGCAGCUACUCUUCCUGGGGUCCAGCAACAUUAAGGCAGUUAUAUACAAUUAAAAAAUAUUACAUGGCAUUUCAUAACACUUUUCACAACACAUUAAGUGUGUGUCUUCAGGCCACUACUCUACUACAACAUAUCUACAAUACAAAAUCCAUGUGUGCGUUAUCGUGUGUCUUCACAGUCCUCGCUGUUCAAUAAUGUGUCCAAACUCGGUCAGGACUCACCAACCAAAUAGUUCAAGCAUGGCAGUAUAAUGUAUUGAACAUCCAACUAUUCACAUUCUAAAAAAUAAUAUUACAGAACAAUAUUGUGAGUUACCAUAUUCUAGCCUGGUCCCAGAUCUGUUUGUGCUGUCUUGCUAACUUGUGAUAAUGAUCAUAGGAGUUGGAAAAACUGCACAAACAGAUCUGGGGCUAGGCUAAAGCAGUUCCAUCUGUACAGUUAUUAACUUGUUUCUUUAUUUGCUUCCUACCCCUGACCCCUCUGAUCCAGAUCCCCCGUCUCCCCCAGUGCCGGAGUAUGUGUUCAAACCCCCAUCACGGCCAGACUUUGGCACCAUGGGCAGGACAAUCAAACUGCAGGCCAACUUCUUUGAGAUGGAGAUCCCCAAACUGGAGGUCUACCACUACGACAUCGACAUCAAGCCAGAAAAAUGCCCCAGAAGGGUCAACCGGUAUGGAGCUGUUUUAUUUGGUUUAUAGGCUUUCACCUGAGUAGACAAUGAUCUAGUUAAAGACAUGCUCUGGAACUUUGGCGAAUUCUAAGUAUUUUUUAAACCUCCCGCUUUGGGCUGGGUGUGUCAUGAGCUAGGGAUGGACAUGAGUAAUCGAGUACUUGAACGGACAUUAACUUGGAUCUUUAACCAGAGAUCCAAUUUUUUUCAAAUACUGUAAAACUAUUUAGUCAUUUUCGUCUUGGAGACUACGUUAAUUUGCUUUUACUCUAGUGUUCCAUUUGUACAUGUGCAUUUGCGGGACACAACAAAAUUCAAAAUGGACUGGUUGACUGAAGUAGGGAAAUACAGUGAGGGGGAAAAAGUAUUUGAUCCCCUGCUGAUUUUGUACGUUUGCCCACUGACAAAGACAUGAUCAGUCUAUAAUUUUAUUGGUAGGUUUAUUUGAACAGUGAGAGACAGAAUAGCAACAAAAAGAAACACAAAAUAACUGUCAAUCUCCCUCGGCCUGGGGCUCCAUGCAAGAUCUCACCUCGUGGAGUUACAAUGAUCAUGAGAACAGUGAGGAAUCAGCCCAGAACUACACGGGAGGAUCUUGUCAAUGAUCUCAAGGCAGCUGGGACCAUAGUCACCAAGAAAACAAUUGGUAACACAGUACACCGUGAAGGACUGAAAUCCUGCAGCGCCCACAAGGUCCCCCUGCUCAAGAAAGCACAUAUACAUGCCCGUCUGAAGUUUGCCAAUGAACAUCUGAAUGAUUCAGAGGAGGACUGGGUGAAAGUGUUGUGGUCAGAUGAGACUAAAAUGGAGCUCUUUGGCAUCAACUCAACUCGCUGUGUUUGGAUAAGGAGGAAUGCUGCAUAUGACCCCAAGAACACCAUCCUCACCGUCAAACAUGGAGGUGGAAACAUUAUGCUUUGGGGGUGUUUUUCAGCUAAGGGGACAGGACAACUUCACCGCAUCAAAGGGACGAUGGACGGGGCCAUGUACCGUCAAAUCUUGGGUGAGAACCUCCUUCCCUCAGCCAGGGCAUUGAAAAUGGGUCGUGGAUGGGUAUUCCAGCAUGACAAUGACCCAAAACACACGGCCAUGGCAACAAAGGAGUGGCUCAAGAAUAAGCACAUUAAGGUCCUGUAGUGGCCUAGCCAGUCUCCAGACCUUAAUCCCAUAGGAAAUCUGUGGAGGGAGCUGAAGGUUCGAGUUGCAAAACGUCAGACUCAAAACCUUAAUGACUUGGAGAAGAUCUGCAAAGAGGAGUGGGACAAAAUCUCUCCUGUGAUGUGUGCAAGCCUGGUGGCCAACUACAAGAAACGUCUGACCUCUGUGAUUGCCAACAAGGGUUUUUCCAGAAAGUUCUAAGUCAUGUUUUGCAGAGGGGUCAAAUACUUAUUUCCCUCAUUAAAAUGCUAAUCAAUUUAUAACAUUUUUGACAUGCGUUUUUCUGGAUUUUUGUUGUUGUUAUUCUGUCUCUCACUGUUCAAAUAAACCUACCAUUAAAAUUAUAGACUGAUAAUUUCUUUGUCAGUGGGCAAACGUACAAAAUCAGCAGGGCAUCAAAUACUUUUUUCCCUCACUGUAUGUGUUCAAAUAAUGAGCUGCAAUUUUGGAACAAUUGCGUCAUUUUCCGCUUGGGCUCUUUGCGGUUGUCACUAGUUACCACAGCCACAAAGUCAAAAUCGCUAUAUGUGACCGACCGGCUCGAUUCAGUCCUAUGUAGCAACAUUUGAAAUUGUGUUUUUUACAUGGGAUAAAAGUAGAGUCUCAGAGCUAGAAAAUUGUAUAUCAUACACUACAGUUGAGGAACAAUGGGAAAGUAAUUCUGCUUUGAAAGUUGAUAAACUUGUAACCCCACUUUUGAGAAAAUGGCCCUUGAAUGUUUUGGUACACCUACUGGAGAGCUCUUUGUCUACACUCAUUGAGCAUCAUUCACACCCUCUUAAGCCUUAGUCCCACCCAUCUCUUUAAGGAUUCACAUGUGAGGCCAUGUGCUAAACAGUGAGUACGGUCGUGUACUAAACAACCAAAGAUUUCAAGACUAAAGGCUGGUUUAUACUAAGUCUAUCGACAUUUGUCAUUCAUUAUUACAGGGAAAUAAACUCACAACAAGAACCUCUACGGGAUCGGUGUCCUGUAUACGGGACGGUUGAGCUAAUGUGCGCUAAUGUGAUUAGCAUUGUAAGUAACAGCAAACUUUCGUGCGGUCAUUUUGGCCUCAAUUAUUAAACAUAAACAAGGAGCUGCACCAUUACCCUCCAUAGUCAAAUUGAUUUUAUUCAACACAGUCCAAACUACUGAACUAAAAGGUGACUCACACACACACCACAUUUUUUUAUUAAGCUCGGCUGUUUCUUCUUCUCGCCUUCUCUGGAAACACUCGACGUUUACUUGUUUAAUGAUUACUCUGUCGACUGAAACAGCCUGAAGCUAAGACCGAGCUUUGGAAACGAACGAACGACUAAGAAACACCAAUAGUGAUUUUCUGAUAAUUUUAUCCAAAUUAUGAAUGAUCGAAACACUCAGAAUGCAUUGUUUUGUUGAGGUUAUUCAUGGUCGCUAUGAGAAAGCUUAAAUUUGAGUUAAUCUAACUGCACUGUCCAAUUUACAGUAGCUAUUACAGUGAAAAAAAUACCAUGCUAUUGUUUGAGGAGAGUGCACAACAACUAACUUAUCACGGCAACUGGUUUGAUACAUUCACCUCUGAAGGUAAAUAAUGUACUUACAUUCAGUAAUCUUGCUCUGAUUUGUCAUCCUAAGUGUCCCAGAGAUAAAAUGUAGCAUCGUUUUGUUUGAUAAAAUCAAUUUUUUUAUUCAAAUGUAGGAACUGGGUUCUACAGUUUAAACCCCUGCUGUCUCUGGCUCCACACCCACCCCGCCCGGCCAUCUAGAUGUGUGAAAGUUAGUGUAUAAGCUAAUGAUCCAUCAUGUAUGACAUUCCUGGAAGUGUGUAAACUUACAUUUUGUAUUACCAUAUAAUUUUUGUAUGUUCUUUAUAGUUACGUAUUUGAAAAUGUAUCAGUUGACCAAUUUGGCACAUUUGGGAAGACUUGAUACAAAAUAGUCCAGUAUUGCAAUGCUUCACUGGAUCAAUCUGAAACUUUGGACACUGCUGCCAUCUAGUGGCCAAAAUCUAAACUGCAAUAUAUUGUGGCCUUUCUCUUGCAUUUCAAAGAUGGAACAGAACAAACAAAUAGAAAACGCAUGUUUUUUUCAUUGUAUUAUCAUUUACCAGAUCUAAUGUGUUAUUCUCCUACAUUAAUUUCAAAUUUCCACAAACUUCAAAGGGUUUCCUUUCAAAUGGUAUCAAGAAUAUGCAUAUCCUUGCUUCAGGUCCUGAGCUACAGGCAGUUAUAUUUGGGUAUGUCAUUUUGAGGCGAAAAUUUAAAAAAAUGGUCUGAUCCUUAAGAGGUUAAUGGCAAGCUAAUUACAGAAAAUGGCUUACAGUUGUGAGUGACGAAAUAAAGCAGGGCAUUCUACCAGAGCAUUUUAGAACUUGGACACUGUCUCGUUGGCUUAAAGUUAUAUCCUGAUUAGGUACAGGUCAUGUUGUUCUUCACAUUAACGUCUCUGGUAAACACACACUAUAUCAAAUAAAAUCCCAAGUUUAUUUGUCACGUGCACAGAAUACAGAAGGUGUACAGGGAAAUGGUUACUUGCAUAAUGGAGUCUUUUUGUUUUAGACAUGUAGCUAGCUAAACAAUAACCAUAAUCCCAACUCAUAACGUUACAACCGUGCAUGAAUCUACAGGUAGCUAAACGCUAACCAACUAGGUUCAAUGGUAGAUAGCUAACAUUAGGCUAUUACUAGCAGUGCAAAUGGCUCAGAUACGAAUAUUACUACACAGAUCAUACACGUAACGUUAGCCAGCGAGCCAGCUAACAUUAGCUAGCUAGCUAACAGUAUGCUUUAACUUGCAAUGAAAACUACUUUCUGACAAAAUUAGAAACUUAGAAUAUAUUACAAUGUAGCUAGCUAGACUCUCUUACCCGUAUACACAAAACGCUUCUCCCUCUGUCACGGAUGCCAUGGUUGCCCUUAGUUUGAAGAUGUAAUCCGGAGACAGGUGUUUUAUACAACAGCCUUCUGUGUUCUCUUUUCCACUCCUUCUGCAUUUGCAAUCAAACGUCUGAAUUUUCUCAAUCUCCUUAGCUAUCAUACUCUCCUUCCACCGGGCAUUCCACUGAUUUCAAAACUCGGUCCUCCAGAAAGUAGAGCUAUCGUUCAAAAUAAUCUGCGUUAGAAAGGAUUACCUACACAUAUUGAGCAGCUCGUUAUAGACAGAAGCGUGCUACAUGGCAGACCAAUCUGAACUCAUCUCUCGGCAUGUCCAGCCAAUCCAUUAUCUCAGCCAAUCAUGGCUAGCGGGAAGGUUCCUGUCUUUUUCUGUGGCUAAACCAACUAGGCUCGUAAUUUAACAAUUUUAUUUGUAUUUACAGGUGGUAUACAAGUUUGUUAUUAAAGCACAUGAAAGUUCACAUGUUUACGCACACAUGCCUCUCCAGUAAUGUAGUGAUGCGUAAUAUUCGCCUAGUUUCCUGAAAUGUGUCACAUAUCGUAAAAACUCAUAAACUAUAAUGUGCUUUUUUGGUCUUAAUUUAAGGUUAGCAGUGUGGUUAAGGGUUAGGUUUAACAUCUGAUUUUUAAGAAGAGAUAUUGUGGAAACAGGUGUGGUUUAUGACUUUGUGGCUGUGGUAACUAGUGACGACCCUACUUUGCGAACUGCUAGUGCCAUUUACAAUUGGUUAGCCCAGGCUAUAACCCACUCCUAAAUAUAGACCGGUUCCAGACUGAAAAUAUGCAAAAACAUUAGUUUGAUAAAGACAAAGAUCAUAUUUUCAUCAGAUUCAUUAAGCAUAGGUCUACUCAACCAAACAGAUGUUGUGGCCACAAUUCAUCCCCAUGCAGUGUUAAUUGUGGAAUUGUUAAUCCAUUUAGGAAACUCCAAAGAACAGAAUAAACUAAAUCAAAGCUCUAUCGAAAAGAAGACCGAUUUUUGGUUUGUAAUCCAGAAAAAUGUAUCAACUCUCCAAAUUGAGCCCUCUUUCAAAUGAUCACUCUUUGAGAAUAACCAGAUGCGAGAUGCACAUCACUUCUGUUUUAUUUUAUUCUGUUAUAUUACAUUGUUUUUAUACUAUAAAAUAGGUGUCUUGACUAUGAUAAUGGCUCGGGUCUACUAAAUUAACAAAACAAGGCUAUGCCAUUGCACAGCAAUAGGUUUCUAUAAGCAAGCGCCACACUGCUGAGGUUACUACCUUUCUGAUAUGUGUUCCAUUAUAUAAUAUAAAAAGUUUAUUACAGUUAAAUAAAUGAAUCUUAAAUGGCACUUGUUUUUUUGUUUUUUAUUGAAGAGGGAGUGAGGCAAUUUAGCUAUUAGGAUUCGUUAUCUGUAAUGAUUAUGAUAAAUUAGGCAUUGUUGCACACUGUUGGUAUAUAGAUAUAUUCAACAACAACAACAAUCUCCAGUGCAGGCCUUGUUCAAAAAUUAUAAUAAUAAUUUUUUGCUACUUUAAAGAAAUCAUGCGAGUACUCGGAACAGUCAUAGGUCAAUGCCAUCUCUAUUGAGAGCCAUUCCCCGACCAAUUUCUUCAGCCCCUCGCCAUUUGAGUGACCGCUAGCAAGAUGCUCACACACAGCAGAGCUAAAGAGAGAGAGCAAUGACGUGGUGCACAUAUCUGCACAUGUGAUGUAGUACGCAUGUUUCGGGAACCGAUUAUGUCUCUCGAGUGCUACUUUUAGGGACAAAUAUACUAGAUGUGAAUGGGGAUUGUAAGGCUUUGUUGUGUACAAAGUACAAUGGCAUUUUGUACUGUAUUGAUAACAUCUCAUAUGCUCCAUUUGUGUUCUUCUCAGUGAAAUUGUGGAGCACAUGGUACAGCACUUUAAAACGCAGAUUUUUGGGGAUCGAAAGCCAGUGUAUGACGGGAGGAAGAAUCUCUACACAGCCAUGCCCUUACCAAUAGGGAGGGAAAAAGUAAGUCUCCCCAGCUGACUUGAGGUGUCUGAUGUAAUUGUGGUGUUAUGGGACUAUCAGAUGUGAUUACAUGCAAUGUGAUACCAAAUUAAUGACGUCCAUGAUAUUGGAUGAAGAGUGGUUUUACAUUGUGUAUAGGCUACAUAUUCCAUGUAAGGUCUUGACUUGCCUGGUGAUAUGAAAUAAAAUAUUUUAUUAAGCUUUUUGAUGCUUCGACUGGGUAGUCAUGCCGAUUUUUAAACACUUUAAAACACCUCUACUCACAGGUGGAGCUGGAGGUGACCAUCCCAGGCGAGGGGAAGGACAGGAGCUUCAAAGUGGCCAUAAAGUGGGUGUCCUGCGUCAGUCUGCAAGCUCUUCAAGAAGCCCUUUCGGGACGACUGCCAAACAUCCCCUUCGAGACCAUCCAGGCCCUGGACGUGGUCAUGAGACAUUUGCCCUCUAUGAGGUCAGACUUUUCCCCUUGAAAACGAUCAGUAUAUUUUCGCUAAGUAAUAUUGGUAUUUAAUUGUGGUAUUUAGAGUUGCAUACAAAGUUCUCAGACAAAAUUGUUCUCAUACUCAAACCAUGUCUGCUAUAAUAAAUGGGUCCACAUACUUAAUAUGACCCUCUAUUUUUGACAUUUCUUCAAUCUUUCCCUCACUGUUUUCUGUAUACCUAUGUACACACCAUUUACAUCUAGUGUAUUUGGCCCAGUUGUUUAUUCAAAUUCCUCUGUCAGGCUCCUUGUAAAGCUAGAUUCUGUUGAGACCGAGGUGAAUCACAUUGUCGUCCUCCCACCCUCUUCCAACAGGUACACCCCCGUCGGACGUUCUUUCUUCACCCCUUCAGAGGGCUGCUCUAACCCCCUGGGCGGGGGCAGAGAGGUCUGGUUUGGGUUCCACCAAUCGGUCAGGCCUUCCCUGUGGAAGAUGAUGCUAAACAUUGACGGUAGGUUUCACUCAGUGAAUGUCUGUGUCCCAAAUGGCACCCUAUUCCCUAAAUAGUAGAGAAUGUGUCAGACUAGAGUACGUCUCUGUGUGUAGGGUGUGUGAAUGGAAGGAGGAUAGUACUGGGAAUCUCAUUUGAUGGUAUGUUUCAGGCAGUAAUUAAGUGGCAUUGAUUUAACUCUCCCUGGAGUGCUGAUUGGGUGGGGCUUGUGCUUUUGAGGUUUUGCCAUUGGUCCUAAACGUGUAAACCCAACCCACUAUGCUCAAUCGAGUGCAACCUACCAUAAUCGUAAGUUGCAGUAUGUAUUUGGAAGCAGGAGGGUAGGUCUGUGAAUCUCAUCGCUGUGCUUGGUGUUUUGUUGUUCCAGUGUCUGCCACUGCUUUCUACAAGGCUCAGCCUGUGAUUGAGUUCAUGUGUGAGGUUUUGGAUUUCAAAAGCAUUGAAGAACAACAGAAGCCCUUAACCGACUCCCAGAGAGUAAAGUUUACCAAGGAAAUCAAAGGUAAUCAUUCAUUACCAGGUAAUCAAUAGUUGCGUUGGGUUGGUUGUUUUGUCUCAGUGGAAAUGCUUGAAAAUACUUAUACCCAACAAUUCUGUAUAAUAAUAACAAAUAUUGAUGUAUCCAUUUGUGUGUUGACGUAGAAUCUGAAUCUGAUUUGAAAUUUCAAAGUAGAAUGUGAUAAAAUAGGAAAAGGUUAUUGUCCACAGAAUGUGUGAAUCUGACCACUGUCUUGCCGUUGUGUGAUUCUCAGGUCUGAAGGUUGAGAUCACUCACUGUGGUCAGAUGAAAAGGAAGUACAGAGUAUGUAACGUGACCAGAAGACCAGCCAGCCACCAGACGUAAGAAAGAAGACCAUACAAUAUUCACGACUACUGCCUCAAUUCCUUUAGUUUCUUGUGAUAUAAACACAACUGGUUUGCAUAGGGAUGUAAAAUAAUAAUAACUGGAUUAACACGUGCUUAACACAUAAUUCAUGCACAGAUUAAGAGCAGAUGCCAAUAAAGUAACACAGAAAUCCCCACUUGGGAUAUGGAAUCCCUUUGUAAAAUCCAAUCAAACAUUUUUUUUUUUUUUCUCAUCUGUUUGACCUCAGGUUUCCUCUGCAGCAGGAAAAUGGCCAGACCAUAGAAUGCACGGUAGCGCAGUACUUCAAAGACAAGUACAAACUCAUGCUACGCUACCCCCACCUCCCCUGUCUACAGGUCGGACAGGAGCAGAAACACACCUACCUCCCCCUCGAGGUCAGUCGGCAGUCUCCCCUCACAACCUCUCAGAUGGUUUACUGCUGGAUUCAAAUGGUUACAAAGAAUGAGGACCCGGGCAGUAUUACAGAAACUCCAGUUUGCCAUUGAAACAGUGAAAAUGCCUUGUACCUCUGUAGAGUAUGGGAGACUAAUCUGCGGGUGGAUGAUGCCUCAAUGUGUCCCUGAGGGUAUUAAUAAAGUUGUGUUGUAUGUGUCCAGGUAUGCAACAUAGUAGCUGGCCAGCGGUGCAUCAAGAAGCUGACAGACAAUCAGACGUCGACUAUGAUCCGUGCCACAGCCCGAUCAGCACCCGACCGUCAGGAAGAAAUCAGCAAACUGGUAAAGUGACUGUUAGUGACUUGGGGGAAUUAACUCAAGCACUGAGUGUCUUGAAAGCUGCUUUUAUGCACUUAAAGGAUCUAUUUGGUUGCAACUGAAUGGACAACGACUCUUAAGUGCUGUUAUUGAACCAUUGGUGGCCUGACCAUAUGUACGUUUUCUUUCAGUCUGAAGUCCUAGUGUAUAAUAACCCCUCUGAAUUAUUACCACUGAACCUUUACUCUCUUUUCAGAUGAGAAGUGCCAACUUUAACAAUGAUCCUUACGUGCGUGAGUUUGGGGUGAUGGUGAGGGAUGAGAUGACCGAGGUGAAUGGCCGAGUCCUCCAGGCCCCAUCUAUCCUCUACGGAGGGCGGGUAGGUUUCUACCAUUUAAGCUGGGUUGGUUGAUUGACUGAUUUUGAUUAGAUAAUUCAAAAACAGAUGUUUCCAUCAAACUGACUUUUUGCGGAUAAAAGGCCUUGCAUGAUGACGUAGUGAACAUAAAAAGAACCUUUGCUGUUAAAUUCCCAUGUACCGAAUGGAAAAAUACAAGUUAAAUGGAUUUCCAUCACAUUUUCAACUCUACUGAUGGUUUUGUCACAAACUGUAUAGCGAAUGUGCCAACUCUGGUCUUGGCACAUGCGCUCUAGCCAUCAGCUCACAGAUACAGUGUGGUUAGGCUGCCUACAUUAUGAGAUUAUUAUGGAUAAGAGCGAUAUUUGUAUUUGUCAAACUGCAGCCAAGCAUCGAUCAUCAUGUCACCAGAAUAAGAGACUCAAUAUUUAUUGGAAAGGAGCAUCAAGCUCAUCACCUUGCACAUUCACCACCCUGUGAAGUUCCUCAUAACUUGUUUCAUCUGUAGCCUAAUAAUUAAUAAACUGCAUGGUUUCCUGAGUCGUAGUGGGAGGACUACAGAACAUAUCAUCGUGUGACUCCAAGUUUGCGUUUACACUGCCAUUUUUUACAUUAUACAUUUUACAGACACAAAGAGAUCCCACCAUGUCGAACGAACAAAUUGUCUGUCGGCAUUUAUAAAAUGUUACCGGUAUUUUAUGUUUCCAUUAGUCUAGUCAUUACUUUUCUUCAUGCAUCAGGUAAUUCAUCCGCAUGAAAUGGUUGGAUGGAAACGUGGUUACAGAGAACAAUUUGUCUCUGACACUUAUCUCUUCUCCCUUUUACUCAAGCAGAAUAAAGCAAUAGCAACUCCCAUCCAGGGAGUGUGGGACAUGAGGAACAAGCAGUUCCACACUGGCAUAGAGAUCAAGGUGUGGGCCAUCGCCUGCUUCGCCCCACAGAGACAGUGCACCGAACUCCUGCUCAAGUAAGAACUGCAUCUGCAAGGAGCCCUACCGAGGGGGGAUCUAUUAAACCUUCCGUUUCAGUUUUAGAUGGGUUUCACUAAUCUUGAUUAGUAUUAAAAACAUUAAUUUCUUCUCCCUAUUCCUAGAUGGUAUUAAAACCAUGUAUUACUUCUACCUAUUCCUUGAUGGUAUUAAAAACAAUUACUUCUAACUAUUCCUUCCGUGUUUGCCCUUAUGAUUUCCAUAUUUUAUGAAUUUGAUAUCUAGAUUUUAGGACUAUUUCCCCAUCGAACCCCUGAUAAACCUGUUUCUCUCAGGGCGUUUACAGACCAGCUGCGUAAGAUCUCUCGUGACGCGGGGAUGCCCAUCCAGGGCCAACCCUGUUUCUGUAAGUACGCCCAGGGUGCGGACAGCGUGGAGCCCAUGUUCAAACACCUCAAGUACACCUACCAGGGCUUGCAGCUGGUGGUGGUCAUCCUGCCUGGGAAGACGCCCGUCUAUGGUGAGGAAACUGGAAACUAUGUUCCUAAGUGAAUGGCUGUCUCUGUUUUAUAGAUCAGCCUCUAAAUCAUCUUGGUUCAGUUAGAAAGCUGUGCUCUAUAAGGGCUUUUAGUAUAUUUAGUGGAUUAUAUUUCCAACCGUAUCAAAUCUCAUAUGUAGACUUUCUAACAUCCACACACCGCUAGCUGUAUAUCUCUCCUGUUGUGCUGACAUGGCCUGUCCCCUCCCUGUGUGGUGUAGCUGAGGUGAAGCGUGUUGGUGACACAGUGCUGGGCAUGGCCACCCAGUGUGUCCAGGUGAAGAAUGUUCAGAAGACCACUCCCCAAACCCUCUCCAACCUCUGCCUGAAGAUCAACGUCAAGUUGGGCGGGGUCAACAACAUCCUCCUCCCACAGGGCAGGUCAGUGUAGAACCUCUCUCAUUAACAUGACUAUGAGUACUUGCUGGUUGUCAUCAUUUGAAUGAAGUGUUGUACAUUCGUUCAAAAUGUAUAAACCGGUAUACAUUUGUCCAUGACAUCUGAGACUGGUGCCUUGUUUCAACAUGCUCAUCCACCUAUACAUUUACAUGCAGGGCUCUACGCUUUUUUACAAGGAGCACGUGUGCGCAUACAGUGGCUGUCGAAAGUAUUCACCCCCCUUGGCAUUUUUCCUAUUUUGUUGCCUUACAACCUGGAAUUAAAAUGGAUUUUUUGGGGGGGUUUGUAUAAUAUGAUUUACACAACAUGCCUACCACUUUUUAUUAAAUUGUGAAACAAACAAGGCAAAACUGCUCCAGCUCCUUCAAGUUGGAUGGGUUCCACAGGUGUACAGCAAUCUUUAAGUCAUACCACAGAUUCUCAAUUGGAUUGAGGUCUGGGCUUUGACUAGGCCAUUCCAAGACAUUUAAAUGUUUCCCCUUAAACCACUCGAGUGUUACUUUAGCAGUAUGCUUAGGGUCAUUGUCCUGCUGGAAGGUGAACCUCCGUCCCUGUCUCAAAUCUCAAGAAUUUCCCUGUUUUUUGCGCCAUCCAACAUUCCUUCAAUUCUGACCAGUUUCCCAGUCCCUGCCAAUGGAAAAACAUCCCCACAGCAUUCUGCUAAACCACCAUGCUUCACUGUGGGGAUGGUGUUCUCGGGGUGAUGAGAGGUGUUGGGUUUGUGCCAGACAUAGCGUUUUCCAUGAUGGCCAAAAAGCUCAACUUUAGUCUCAUCUGACCAGAGUACCUUCUUCCAUAUGUUUGGGGAGUCUCUCACAUGCCUUUUGGCGAACACCAAAUGUGUUUGCUUAUUUUUUUCUUUAAGCAAUGGCUUUUUUUCUGGCCACUCUUCCGUAAAGCCCAGCUCUGUGUAGUAUACGGCUUAAAGUGGUCCAAUGGACAGAUACUCCAAUCUCCGCUGUGGAGCUUUGCAGCUCCUUCAGGGUUAUCUUUGGUCUCUUUGUUGCCUCUCUGAUUAAUGCCCUCCUUGCCUGGGCUGUGAGUUUUGGUGGGCGGCCCUCUCGUGGCAGGUUUGUUGUGGUGCCAUAUUCUUUCCAUUUUUUAAUAAUGGAUUUAAUGGUGCUCCGUGGGAUGUUCAAAGUUUCGGAUAUUUUUUUAUAACCCAACCCUGAUCUGUACUUCACUACUUUGUCCCUUACCUGUUUGGAGGGCUCCUUGGUCUUCAUGGUGCCGCUUGCUUGAUGGUGCCCCUUGCUUAGUGGUGGUGCAGACUCUGGGGCCUUUCAGAACAUAUAUAUAUAUAUAUAUAUUAGUGAGGGGAAAAAACUAUUUGAUUUUGUACGUUUGCCCACUGACAAAGAUAUGAUCAGUCUAUCAUUUUAAUGGUAGGUUUAUUUGAACAGUGAGAGACAGAAUAACAACAAAAAUGUUAUAAAUUGAUUUGCAUUUUAAUGAGGGAAAUAAGUAUUUGACCCCUCUGCAAAACAUGACUUAGUACUUGGUGGCAAAACCCUUGUUGGCAAUCAGAGGUCAGACGUUUCUUGUAGUUGGCACCAGGUUUGCACACAUCUCAGGAGGGAUUUUGUCCCACUCCUCUUUGCAGAUCUUCUCCAAAUCAUGAAGGUUUCGAGCUUGGCGUUUGGCAACUCGAACCUUCAGCUCCCUCCACAGAUUUUCUAUGGGAUUAAGGUCUGGAGACUGGCUAGGCCACUCCAGGACCUUAAUGUGCUUCUUCUUGAGCCACUCCUUUGUUGCCUUGGCUGUGUGUUUUGGGUCAUUGUCAUGCUGGAAUACCCAUCCACGACCCAUUUUCAAUGCCCUGGCUGAGGGAAGGAGGUUCUCACCCAAGAUUUGACGGUACAUGGCCCCGUCCAUCGUCCCUUUGAUGCGGUGAAGUUGUCCUGUCCCCUUAGCAGAAAAACACCCCAAAGCAUAAUGUUUCCACCUCCAGGUUUGACGGUGGGGAUGGUGUUCUUGGGGUCAUAGGCAGCAUUCCACCUCCUCCAAACACGGCGAGUUGAGUUGAUGCCAAAGAGAUCGAUUUUGGUCAUUCAGAUGUUCAUUGGCAAACUUCAGACGGGCCUGUAUAUGUGCUUUCUUGAGCAGGGGGACCUUGCGUGCGCUGCAGGAUUUUAGUCCUUCACGGUGUAGUGUGUUACCAAUUGUUUUCUUGGUGACUAUGGUCCCAGCUGCCUUGAGAUCAUUGACAAGAUCCUCCCGUGUAGUUCUGGGCUGAUUCCUCACCGUUCUCAUGAUCAUUGCAACUCCACGAGGUGAGAUCUUGCAUGGAGCCCCAGGCCGAGGGAGAUUGACAGUUAUUUUGUGUUUCUUCCAUUUGCGAAUAAUCGCACCAACUGUUGUCACCUUCUCACCAAGCUGCUUGGCGAUGGUCUUGUAGCCCAUUCCAGCCUUGUGUAGGUCAACAACCUUGUCCCUGACAUCCUUGUUGAGCUCUUUGGUCUUGGCCAUGGUGGAGAGUUUGGAAUCUGAUUGAUUGCUUCUGUGGACAGGUGUCUUUUAUACAGGUAACAAGCUGAGAUUAGGAGCACUCCCUUUAAGAGUGUGCUCCUAAUCUCAGCUCGUUACCUGUAUAAAAGACACAAUUGGGUGCCAGAAAUCUUUCUGAUUGAGAGGGGGGUCAAAUACUUAUUUCCCUCAUUUUAAAAUGCAAAUCAAUUUAUAACAUUUUUGACAUGCGUUUUUCUGGAUUUUUUUGUUGUUCUGUCUCUCACUGUUCAAAUAAACCUACCAUUAAAAUUAUAGACUGAUCAUUUCUUUGUCACUGGGCAAACAUACAAAAUCAGCAGGGGAUCAAAUAGUUUUUUCCCUCACUGUAUAUACUGAGAUCAUGUGACUUUAUUUAACUAAUUAUGUGACUUCUGAAGGUUGCACCAUAUCUUAUUUAGAGGCUUCAUAGCAAAGGGGGUGAAUACAUAUGCAUGCUCCACUUUUCCGUUAUUUAUUUUGUAUAAUUUUUUGAAACAGUUAUUUUUUUCAUUUCACUUCACCAAUUUGGACUAUUUUGUGUACGUCCAUUACAUGAAAUCCAAAUAGAAAUCCAUUUAGAUGACAGGUUGUAAUGCAACAAAAUAGGAAAAACGCCAAGGGGGAUGAAUACUUUUGCAAGGCACUGUAAGUUGAAAAAUAUAGGCGCACACAAAGGAAUUUAGGAGCACAAUGGAAAAUAUUUGAGGUUAUAACGCUAGAAUCCUUAAGUAUUCUAGGCACACUGGUGCUCCUAAAUAUAAAUUCCAGGUCGCACAGCAAAAUAUUUCUGUGCAUAUGCGAGUAAAAUGGUCCCGCAGUUUUUUGUUAAUUUUACCUUUAUUUAACUAGGCAAGUCAGUUAAGAACAAAUUCUUAUUUACAAUGACGGCCUACACCGGCCAAACCCGGAUGAUGCUGGGCCAAUUGUGCGCCGCCCUAUGGGACUCCCAAUCACAGCCGGUUGUGAUACAGCCUGGAAUCGAACCAGGUGGUCUGUAGUGACGCCUCAAGCAUUGAGAUGCAGUGACUUAGACCGCUGUGCCACUCAGGAGCCCAAAUAGAAAUGUAGAGCCCUGACAUGCCUUAAUUGAAUCUAAUUAAUCUAAUUUAUCAUGUUUACGUUCAAACCUCUUCUCCUCUAAGGAUGGCUCAGGUUAAUCUUGUGAGUGUCUGUUCUUCCCAGGCCCCUGGUGUUCCAGCAGCCGGUCAUCUUCCUGGGUGCUGACGUCACUCACCCUCCUGCUGGAGACGGGAAGAAACCCUCCAUCGCUGCAGUAAGUCAGACCAGCCUCUCCACAGGGCCUUGUCAACUACCAGGGAAUGUAGGGGUGCAUCUCAAUAGUCUACAGUAGUUUGUUUUACUAUACCCACAGGACCACGUUCUGCUAGGGAGGAGGGGUGCAUCUCAAUAGUCUACAGUAGUUUGUUUUACUAUACCCACAGGACCACGUUCUGCUAGGGAGGAGGGGUGCAUCUCAAUAGUCUACAGUAGUUUGUUUUACUAUACCCACAGGACCACGUUCUGCUAGGGAGGAGGGGUGCAUCUCAAUAGUCUACAGUAGUUUGUUUUACUAUACCCACAGGACCACGUUCUGCUAGGGAGGAGGGGUGCAUCUCAAUAGUCUACUGUGGUUUAUUUGACUGUCCCAACAUCAUCUGAAAUGGAGAGGACCAAGGAAAACAAUAGUCUACCACUCCACCUUGCUCACUUAUAGGCUUCCAUCUGACCAGCAAAAAAAUCUCCUUCUCCUAAGUGUGCCCUGUGCUUCCUCAGAAAUGUGAUUCUUCAUGAUUAAUCAGCAAUUCCUGCUUAUCUCCAUUCACAUAUAAUUGAGACUGAUCUAUCCCCCUUGCCAAAAUCCCUGAUGUGUAAUAUUGUGGCGAUCACAUCCCUGUUUCUCUUUUUCUAGGUGGUGGGGAGCAUGGACGCCCACCCCAGCCGCUACUGUGCCACGGUGCGGGUGCAGCAGCAUCGCCAGGACAUCAUCCAGGACCUGGCCACCAUGGUCAGAGAGCUGCUCAUCCAGUUCUACAAGUCCACCCGCUUCAAGCCCACCCGAAUCAUCUACUACCGCGACGGCAUAUCUGAGGGCCAGUUCAACCAGGUUAGACUUGAGGUAGACUUGAGGAAAUAGGAUUUCAAUUCAAUUGCAUGAUCUGUAAUUGUACUGUACAAACUGUGGGGCGUGAGUAAAAAAAGAUUUGUGGUCUUUGUUUUUCUAUUUGUUUCUAUUGGUUACCGUUCCAAUUUAAUUCUGACUGCCCGGUCUUUGUCUCUACUGAGAUCAAAUCAGAUAUUUUUGAUGUUGGAGUUUAUUUGUUAUUUUAACUUUUUGAUUUGCCCAGCUGUGUUUCUGUUGGUUACUGUUCUGACUCUCCUUGUUUUGAACUGAUAUGAAUGUACAUACUGUUUAACUAGAACUGUCGUUUUGGGGUUCAUCCAGGUGCUCCAACAUGAGUUACUGGCGAUCCGUGAGGCCUGCAUCAAACUGGAGAAAGACUACCAGCCCGGUAUCACCUUCGUGGUGGUGCAGAAGAGACACCACACUCGACUGUUCUGCAUGGACAGAAACGAGAGGGUUCGUAGUCUCUGCAAUUCAUACUGACCACUAUUAUUACUGUAAAAGAAACGUGUAUAUUAAAUGCCUACAUUGUGAUAUUAUAUGAUUCCUAAUGUGUUUUGUUCAGGUUGGUAAGAGUGGCAACAUCCCUGCCGGCACCACAGUGGACACCAAAAUCACUCACCCAUCGGAGUUUGACUUCUACCUGUGUAGCCACGCUGGCAUUCAGGUAGGAACCAGCCAGCAUCAAGGGGUGCAUCCCAAAUGGCUCCCUAUAUAGCGCACUACUUUUGACCAGAGCCCAUAGAGCUCUGGUGAAAAUGUGUGCACCUAUAUGGAAAUAGGUUACAAUGUCUGACACGACCCAGGACACUAUAGUGCUAGGUCGUGGAGAAUGGACCCACCUCCAGCUUUACUAAUAUGUGCUUAUGAGAGGAAAUCUAGUUGUUUCUCUGCUCUAAAUGUUUUUAUAAUUGCGAUGUUUCACAUUUCUAGACUUUAUUAUACGUUGGUUAUAGUAGACAAAAAAAGUAAAUGACAAAUGCAUUUACACUAAACAUAUAAUUGUAAUUCCUCUCUCCUCAGGGGACCAGCCGACCAUCCCACUACCAUGUGCUGUGGGACGACAACCAUUUCACCUCAGACGAGCUGCAGGUGCUCACCUACCAGCUGUGCCACACCUACGUGCGCUGCACCCGCUCCGUCUCCAUCCCAGCACCAGCCUACUACGCACACCUGGUGGCAUUCCGUGCCCGCUACCACCUGGUGGACAAGGAGCACGACAGGUAAGGGAGACAUCACAAUGCCUGAUGUAUAACAUGGCCCUGUUCUGAUACCCUAUUAAAGUAACUCUUAUUUCCAUCAUAUCACUGCACCAUUCAAACUGUGGUAGAUGAGUGAUUACCAGAAGGUGAUUAAGUGUAUUUAAAAAAAAAAAAAAGAAUUCAGACCGAAGAAUUCACUAACUCUUUCCCCUGUGAUCAUUCCAGUGCGGAGGGCAGUCACACGUCGGGACAGAGCAAUGGCCGUGACCAGCAGGCCUUGGCCAAGGCAGUUCAGAUCCACCAGGACACACUGCGCACCAUGUACUUCGCCUGA